AAGAAGAAGGUAGAUAUGAUUCAAACACUGAUUGACCGUGGCUAUGAUUCUGACCCAGUAAAGGCCUGGAAGAAGGAGGUCAGCAAACAACAAGUGGAGAAUGAAAACUCGGCUGACAGUAGCGAAGAGGAGACAGAGAAGAAUUCAACAGGACCAGAUUAUGAUUAUUUGCUUGGAAUGAAUUUGUGGAGCUUAACAAAGGAAAAAAAAGAUGAACUGUUGAAAAAACGUGAUGACAAGAGGAUGGAGCUUCAGAUCCUUCAGAAAAAGAGUCCAGUUGAGUUGUGGAAGGAAGACUUAGGCAACUUCCUCAAUGAACUAGAUAAAGUGGAACAGAAAGAGAUAGAAGAUGAAAAUCAGGGUUUAAGUGGUAAACAUUCGAAAUUUGGCAAAGCAGGAGUAGGAAAAGGAAAAGGUCGAGGAAAGAAGAUGAACUUGGAAGAAACCCAACCCUCACCUAUUGGUGAACGUGUAAUUCCUCACAUUGAUCCAGAACUAAAGAAGAAAGCUGAAAGGGCAGUUAAGGAGGGCAAAGGGAAAGUGAGAAAACCAAAAGAAGUUGUGAAGAAAGAAGACGAUAGUGACGAACCCAAACCUCUGAGUGCUAGAUUAAAGAAUUCAGCUAAGCAAGACCCAGAGAAACAUACAGCAGGUAAUUGUCUGGUAGAGGUUUGUAAAUAA